AAAAUGGAAAAUAGAGUUUUAGGGUUCGGCAAAAAAAAACUCACAAGCCAAGCCCCUUUAACAUCUCAUCUCCUAAGGUCUCUCUGAAGUCUUAAAAGCUUCCAUCUUUCUCAUCAUCAUCAUAGGGAAGAGAAAGAGUCGCUUCCGCAAAACCCUAAAAGAUGUCUGGCGGUUUCUUCCGGGGAACUACCGCUGAUCAGGACACUCGCUUCUCCAACAAGCAAGCCAAGUUGAUGAAAAGCCAGAAAUUCGCCUCGGAGCUGGAGACUCUGGUUGAUGUGAGCAAGGUGAAGAUGGAUGUGAUGAAGCCUUGGAUCGCGACUAGAGUCACUGAGCUUCUCGGAUUCGAAGAUGAGGUGCUGAUCAACUUUAUUUACGGUCUUCUUGAUAAGAAGGUGGUCAACGGUAAGGAGAUUCAGAUAGCUAUCACUGGCUUCAUGGAGAAGAACACUGUCAAGUUCAUGAAGGAGCUCUGGACGCUUCUUCUCAGCGCUCAGAGUAAUUCUAGUGGGGUUCCGCAGCAGUUUCUUGACGCUAGAGUAGCUGAAACCAAGAAGUCGCAGGAUGAAGCAAAGAGAAAAGCAGAUGAGAACGAUCAGUUAGUUAAUGAAAUUGGGAAGAAGAAGGAGAUAGAACAUAAGAGCUAUGAGGGGAAAAUUGACAGCGGCGUUGAACAGAAGGUGACAAAUGGCGUGGAUGCAAAACCUUCAAGAGAUCCUCCAGAGGAUGAGAGAAGAGCUGAUGCGAAAGAUGGAGUCAACGAAAGGAGAAGAGGUUCACGUUCGAGGUCGAUCAGCAGAACAAAUUCAGGAUCAAGAAGUUAUUCUCGAUCAUCAUCGGAUGCCUCCAUCUCACCUAGAAAGCGGAGACCAUCGUAUUCAAGGCGUCGAUCCAGGUCGCGUUCCUUGAGUAGGUCUCUGUCUCCUCCUCGGCGUAGGAUACGUUCUCCUUAUGGAAGCAGGUCGCGUUCACCUAUUAGACGUCACAGGUCACCAUCACCACAAAGGCGCCGCCGUGUGUCUACACCUGAGAGACGCCGUCAAUCAUCACCCCCUUCAAGGCGUCGCAGGUCACCAUCCCCUCCUGUUAGGAGACGCAGGUCACCAACCCCUCCUGUUAGGAGACGCAGGUCACCAUCCCCUCCUGCUAGGAGACGCAGAUCACCAUCCCCUCUUGCUAGGAAACGCAGAUCACCAUCCCCUCCUGCUAGGAGACGUAGGUCACCCUCACCGCCUGCUAGGCGUCAGAGGUCCCCAUUGCCAUUUAGGCGGCGUAGGUCUCCUUCACCUGUAGCUAGACGGCGUAAGUCUCCUUCACCUGUAGCUAGACGGCGCAGGUCUCCAUCUCCACUCUACAGGCGUAACAAAUCACGGUCACGAUCACCACUGGCUAAGCGGGAAAGGUCUGAUUCACCAGGGAGAUCUCGGUCACCAGUAGGUAGCAGCAGGGCACCCGCUGGUCAAAGGUUACCCUCUCCACCUGCUAGGCCAAGAUUGCCUUCACCACCCGCUGGGCAAAGAUUGCCUUCACCACCCCCCAGGCGUGCAGGAUCACCAUCACCAAUGAGGCUAGCCAAUCAUCGUAAAUCACCAUCACCAAGUUCACUGUCCCCUCCUGGUAGGAAAAACGGGCUACCAUCUCCACCUGUUAGAAGGCGCAGGUCACUGACACCUGCCAAAGAGCGAGGCUCCCUGUCUCCAGCUGGACGUCCUGUGUCAAAGUCCCCUUCACCUGUCAGAGGUCGAGGUAGAUCUCCUCCCUCUCGACAUCAAAAAGCGAUCUCUCCUGUUCGGCGUAGAUUACCCAAACCUGUCAACCGGCGAAGCCGAAGAUCUCCAUCUGCUUCACGAUCACCUGAUGACAGCCGAAGGAGACGGUCUCCAUCUUGGAGCAGAUCUUCGUCUAGGUCUCCCUCACCUCCUGUUCGCCGUAGAUCUCCUUCACCUAGUGGAAGAAAACAUCUGAGGGACAGAAGAUCUCCGGGACAUCCAUCUGAAGUGCGAGAUAGAGAGGAUAGGGAUCAAAAAUCCAAGCCGUCUAAGAAACAAUUACCAGAGAUGGUACAAGAAGUUGGACGUGUUGAACAUUCGAAGGAGCAAGAGAGAAAGAGUGAAAAGUUGUCAGAGAGACGUUCUAGUCACAGAAUGCACCACGGUUCACAGAUGUCCCCAGUUUCUGAUAAGGACUCCGGUAAAGUGAAAGCCAGCAAGCAAGUUGAGAAAGAGGAUAACAGCGACCUGGAUGCAAAACUUUAUUCUGAUUCUAAGGAUAAAAAGAGAAGAAAGACGAAAAGGUCUGAGAGGGACGAGGCAGCCUCAGAUAGUAAUGGCAGUUCUGACUCUGACGUAGAAGAUAGGAAGGAAGCUAAAAGGAGAAGGAAGGAGGAAAAGAAGACGAAAAAGGAGGAGAAGAAACGCAGGCGAGAGGAGAGACGUCGUAAAAGGGAAGAACGUCGGGGUGAGAAGCUGAAGCAUAAGAAUCGAGAGUAUUCUGAUUCUUCAGAGGGCGAAGCUGAGAUCCGUCGACCUAAGAGUAAAAAUGGGGAGGAGUCGGAUCCAAAGAGGCUUGAGAUUGAGUUGCGAAACAAAGCACUGGAGUCACUGAAAGCAAAGAAGGGAGGCAUCAGCCACUAAGUCAUCCUUAAUCUGGUGUUAUUGAGGAGUAUCCCAGCGUUAUGUGAACAUCUUUUUUUUCUUCUGAAGAUACAAUGAAUGCUUUACUAGUUUUUUCUAUGGUUUAUGUGGGACUUCAUCUUACAUGUUGCAAACUUUCUUAUGUCGGUCUGUUUGUUGGUGGCAGCAACUCGAUGGCUAAUAUUACUAUGCUGCUAUUCUUGAGUA